CUUCUAGAGGCUGUCAGUGAAGAGAAGCCCACCAGGAGAGCAGAGCCCUGUGAAAGAACCGACGUCUUCGCCCUGACCGAUGAUGACCUUCAUUUGUCUGUUGCUGUACCCAAAGUUCCCUCCUCACCAAGGCAUGAAUUUCCUGCAGACUGGAGUAUUAAAACGCGACUUCUGUUUACUUCUUCCCAACCUUUUACCUGGGCAGAACAUUUAAAAGCACAGGAGGAGGCUCAGGGAUUUGCUCAGCAUUGCAGAGCUACAGAAACAAACUUGCCACAGAGCGUUCAGGAACCAAAACUGUCCACAGAACUGCGUUGUGCCUUUCAGCAAAGCCUCGUUUACUGGCUUCACCCCUCACUGCCGUGGCUGCAGCUGUUCCCUCGGAUUGGAGCAGAUAGGAAAAUAGCUGGGAAGGCUAACCCUUGGUCACAGGAUGAAGCCUUGCAGCAAGUGCUAAUGAGCGACUGGUCUGUCAGCUUUACUUCUCUCUACAAUCUGCUCAGAGCCAAACUGUGCCCCUACUUCUAUGUGUGCACCUACCAGUUCACUGUCCUGUUCCGCGCGGCUGGUCUUGCCGGCAGCGACGUUAUCACUGCUGCCAUCUCUCCCACAACCAGGGGGUUAAGGGAGGCCAUGAGAAAUGAAGGCAUAGAGUUUUCUUUGCCUUUGGUAGAAGAAAGAACCAGCAAACAGAAAAACUCUGAAGGGAAUUUGGAAACAGAACUUGCUAACAGCAGCCUUGAAGCAGGCAACAGCGUGGAAGACAAAGAGGAACCAGCUCCAAGUGAUGAUGAUGAUGAGGAAAGUUUCUCUUGGCUUGAGGAGAUGGGAGUCCAAGACAAGGUUAAGAAACCAGAUGCUAUUUCUAUUAAACUUCGUAAGGAGAAGCACGAGGUGCAGAUGGAUCACAGGCCCGAGUCCCUUGCGUUAGUGAAAGGAACAAACACGUUCACCUUGCUCAACUUCCUGAUCAACUGCAAGAGCCUGGUGGCUGUCACAGGCCCACAGGCAGGGCUUCCGCCAACUUUGCUGUCCCCUGUUGCUUUCCGAGGCGGGACAAUGCAGACGCUCAAAGCUCGAAGUAUUAAUGCCAAAGCCAGGGUUCACUCGGCAUACGAGGACAUUUUCAGUCUGGAGAUCGUAGGCCCUGUCCUGCCUCAUUCCCUGCAUUCCUUGACCACGCUGCUCAAAUCCGCGCAGAAGGGAGCGUUCUCUGCUGUGUUAUAUGCACAUGAGCCAACGGCUGUGUUUAACACUAAUCUGGAUGCUGCAAGCCCUGCCUUAAAUAAGGAAAAUGUAUGCAAAGAUCUUCUCAUGUGUGGACUGCAGCAGAAGACUUUGGAUCAGCUGAGCCAGUGUCCAACGUUGGGAAAAUCUUCCAUCAGAGUCCUAGAAAUGAAGGAUUACGCCUACACCUGGAAGGCCUAG